AGGGUAGCCGACUAUGUAGCUGCGCAUGCGUUACGUGAAACGAAUGCUCUUACCGGCCCAGAGUCCGCGGUAGGUCUGUUCCGUAGGAGGGGCUGAUCCGUCAGUGAGAAAAGGACAGGCCUCCUAGCAACCACCCGCUGACCAAAAAGCCCGAAGAUUCUGCAAACGAGAUUUUUGCGGUUCUGACUUAAUGACAGUCUUGGCGCGUUAUUCGCGGUGCAAGAUCAAAUUUUUUUUUUCAGCGAAGGAAAGAGCGGAAUUAUAUAGCGAGGAUUUGUGGACAGUCGAGGCGGUUUUAUUAUUGGUAAGUGUAAUAAUUCAAUUCAGCCGUCAAUUUACGUUUUGAAGUGUUCUUUGGUAGAAGAAUUUCUGACUUAAUAUUUUCAGAUUUGCUACGUGGUGAACUUUUUCGUUGUUUGAUCUUUUUCUUUCAGUCAGUCAUGGACGACAGAACUUUUGUCCUUUGGCGGGGACAACAAAGAAUUAAUUUUAAUGAAGACGACUUAACAGCAGAGCGUAUAUCAGCAGUGUGUAGAGUGAGUAUAGCAUCUCUUUUCAACUAAGUUUACCUUUAACAUUUCUUCAUGGAAAAGUAUCGAGUUUAUUCCCACGGCCGCAAAAAUGUGGUCGAGGUGGGGGUGGGGGUGGAGAGAGACUGGCAACAGGGUUUAAUGAUUUCUUUUCUUUUUUUGACAUUUUUGCCUUAAAAAAAAAUUAUUUGCACGAUUUACGUUGAGCUUAUUUCUCAAAGCCUAGAAAAUUUGGCUAAGACUUUCGCACUUUUUUUUGGUUGAAUUCUCCUCCUCUUUUCUUAGAGAUGCCGAAAGUUCAAUCAUGCGUCAAAUGGCCACUCAGAAUUUUGAUUGAACCAGCGUGUGAACAGACCACGGGAAAAAUUUCCUAUACCUGUCGGCGAACCCAAACACAAAAAAUAAUAGUCAUAAUAAAAAUGUAUCAUCUUAAAAGCGAUAGUUUCCUGCUUCUUUGCAUUAUAUAUGAAAGUGGAAAGUCUCUGUCAGUUAAAAUCUUUAAGUGAAAAUGAUUCUCCCCAAAUUUACUGCGUAGGCGAGGUAGAAAAAUCACGUGCUAGGCAACCACAAAAAAUGCAAGCGACUUUUGCUGGCUGGGUGUGGGUUUGUUUUUAUGUCACAGAUUUGAUAUCCAGACCUUGCGAUUUCAUUUGAUUAUUUUAUAUAUAAAAUGAACACGAAAUUUGCUAACAGUUUGUCGCAUUUAGAACUGGAAAAUUCAGACUGACGAAUCUUUAAAUGAUCCCCCACCAAAAAAAACGAAAAUUUGUGGGCAGUACUGCAGUAGCUAGAAAAAUCACGUGCUAGGUAACCUCAAAAAAUGCAGACAACCUUUCCUGAUGGAGGGCAAGUAUGUUUUUGUGUGACAAAUUUGUUUUUCAGGCAGUAUCUGCACUCAUGCGUUCUUAGUUUUUGUCUUGCCUUAACGGUAAAACCGUCCAAAUGGAGGUUACUUUUCGACAACGAUCUUGAAAAUGGAGUUUUAAAAAAAGGCUAGCCUGCGUAGCAAGCGUUUUCCUCGAGUUAUUGCGCGAAAUUUGGAGCGAGAGCAUUGUCAACGAGCUCGCGCGGAAACGCUUGCUACGCAGACUAAAGGCCCGUUUACACGACCGAAAAUAUUGGAACGGCCCGGAUAAAAAGACGAACGGCUCCGACAAAAUUCGACGUGUAAACGGUACUUGACCCGUUCCAGUUGUAUCCGUUCCGUUCCUAAAAAGGUCCAUAGGCGGCUAUGAACCCCUUUCGGAACGGACCCGAUAAAAAACGGUUCCGUACCCACAUUUUUGUUUUCUUUUCAACGUGUAAACGCUCGCCCUUUUUUCGGUACCGUUCUAUUACGUUUUUUAUGAGCCCGUGGUGCUCCACGUCAGUUGUUUAGCGUACGUCACAUGCGUGUUAGAAGAAGAAACUGGAAAGUAUUCUUCGACACUCGGAAGCUAGCAUACCACUGAUCGUCAGAGCACAGGUAACCCAGGCUCUGUGAUAGUACCACAGUACGGUUCCAGUAAAAUUAGUGUUUGUAUGGGGUAAAAAUAUCAUCCUAAAAUUUCUAGGAAAUUCUAAAUAAAGAUCAAUGAAACUUACUCUGCAGUUAAUUGUUGUUGUCCUUAUUGCUCCAACGAAGUUUCGUGAUAAUUUGCAGUAAUUUGUUCAAAUUCACUCUAUCUACAAUAAUAAUAUACAAGGUAGGAAACACGAGGUGCCAUUUUCGACGACAUGCUCUCAUUCAACACAACGUUUUCCACGAAAUUCGAACUCCAACGGAAAAUAAACAUGCCAGGAUCGUAGAUAUAGGAUAGCAGCAGAUAUAGAAACCAAUGAAGCUUUCCCAGAUAGAGAAACGAAUCCCACAGACUUGGACAAACUCGAAGAAUAUAAUCCAAAGACACCGAGAAUACGCUCGCCGAAGCAGCCGGGCCAGAUCAACGCGCGCCCAAGAAAAUGAGGCCUGGGCACUGUACAAAAAAAUUCCAUCCCGGGAGUCCUGGGGUGACCUUUCUAGGGACCGAUACAUCAUUUGCCCAAGGCCACCCUCCCCUGCUGGAAAAAUACUUGAUAGAAGGCAAUUAUUCUUCCUGGCCAAUCACUAUGGCCUGUUAUAAAGAGAUUAUUUUCCUCUCGAACUAUAUUCAGCUCCUGGCGCUGGUCCUCAGAAAGUUUAUCAAACAUCAAUAGGGCAAGGUGAUAAGGGCAAAGGAAAGAACAACGAAGGACGAUUUACAAAACUUAAGAGCCAAUGUCUGUAAUUUUCGAGAAUCGGUUGACAGUCGUGAAUUUUUGAAUUUCUUCAUAUUUUGCUCAAAUAAUCUCUAUAGCACACUAAUUUCAAAAAUCACCUUAAAACUUGUAACAGCUAUUUAUUUUUUCAGGAAUCAGGUAAAGUUUGAAAAACUCUAAAUCGGCGCUCUUUCGAGUAUGAAAUUUGCGAAAAUUGAGCAUUUUCCUCCUCGCUCGUACAUAAAAACGGAAUAAUAUCUCUAGAUGAAAUCAAGUCACAAAACAGACACACAUUUUUACUUUAUAAUUCAGCAAUUAACUUUAAAUAAACCGUUUAAAUGAGACUGUACCGGCCGCAAGAAGAAACACGGUUUCAGCACUUUUCAAAAAUGGCAAAUUUGACCUCACUUCACCAUGGUAAAAACCCACUUGGUACAUGCAAUUUCAGUAUGAAACAUAAACUGUAUUAAAGCAUAUCCUUUGCUGUUGUUUGUGUUAAAAUAUUUCUGGCGGCAUUCCAAAUGCGCACCGUCGAGAGACCAAAACCUGAAGGGUAUUUUGACACCAGGAAAGCGCGUGCAACAAGCAAGUUUCGACGCUUGGAAUAUUAAUCCUUUGCAAACAUAAGUUACUUCGAUAUUUAAACCCUAGUCAGAGUUGUAACGGUUUCAGAUUAUAUUUCGGCGUUUCUGUUCGGUUUAACAUGAUUUCUUUCAACUGAUUUUUGCGAUAAAUCAUAAUGAAGAGACACGAAUACGCAGUUCAAAUCAAAGUUCGUAGAGAGGAAUAUUGUCAAAAUACUCGCUUGUUAUAGUUUUAAUCGUAUUGAAACCUUAAAAUCAGAAAAGUUAUUUACUUACCUGAACUUAAAUGCUAGACGGGGUCACAGUACCGCCAACUAAAUUCUGCAGCAAGGCAGAUUCAAAGUUAAGUUUCUGUAUGUUUUCAAUCUGUCAACACGAGGGAAGAUAACAUUCCGGAAGUGCGUGACGCGUAACGCGCCGGAAAAGAAAUUGCUGGUAUACGUGUUUUACGGUGCAAGUCUUUGUUGUAUGUUCGAAUAGCAUCUCGCACAUAUUCAAACUUGGUUUGUGGCGCCUAUGGCCCCAGUAAUGCUGAAUGUAUUGCGAUCAUAGAAAAGAUGUCGUGAGUCACUUGGUAUGCUCCUGACUUGUUAGUCACGUGAGUAUGUUAAUGAUAGAAGUAAGGUUUUCUGCAUUUACGUUAGGUGACCUUUGUUUGAUCCACGAAAUUGGCGCAUGAACAUAAGAGUUUUUCUUCACCACCGCUAAAUGUUUGGUUCUGGGUGGCGGUGCAACAAAUCACGUGGUACCGUUCUAGAUCAGGCUACUGGCUGCUCAUAGAGGGGUCCAUAAAGGCACAUUGAUUGAUGACUCUGUAUGGCCUGAAGGAAAUGAUUUACGCAGACGUUUUCUGAGCAACGAAGGUGCAGCUUUUACACUCCUUUUUCGUUUCCAAAAUAGACAAGCACGCAAGCGAAGCGAGCGCGCGAGAGAGAUCUUGCGCUAAUAGUCAAUAAAUCCCAUGCAGUUUUUAUUUUCAUACGCGAAAAUCGACGAUCAAAGAGAAAAUAGAUCGACGAUCUCUAAAGAAAAAGUAGGGGGUCUGUGAACAGGCUACGAAAGUGCUUGCUAUUAUUUUAGUGAACUUUACAAGAGGUCUCAGGUGACUAUGCUAACGUCAUGAAAAGUCUACUUAGCUUGUUUAAGUUUAGCUAGGGCAAGAGGAGGAGAUGGGUGGGUUGGUACACACAUACAAAAAUUCAAGUCUUUAUCACUCCACUUAGAGCUAGCAGACUUUGUUUGAUCCACAAAAUUGGCGCAUGAAAAUAGAAGUUUUUACUCACCACCGCUAACGGUUUGGUUUCGGGUGGCAGAGCACAAAUCACGUUGUACCGUUCCAGAACCGCCUACUGUCUGCUCCUUUAAAAGGGGUCCGUAAGGGCACAUUAAUUAAUGACUCUGCGCGGCCUGAAGAAAAUGAUAUACGCAGACGUUUUCUGAGCGACGAAGGUGCAGUCUUUACACUUCUUUUUCUUUUCGAAAAUGGCCACGGACUUCUCCCCUCGCCCUUCGCUGCUAGGCAGUCGUUUUUGCCUGAGGGAUACCACCACGAAGGAGUUUUAGCACACAGGUCUCUGCUGGUGCAGACCUAGCGAAAAGGGCAUUCUCCAUCUGAAAUUUUAAAUCGAUAUGAAAGGCUAUUUUCUGAUUUGGUUUAAAGAUGAUAAGUAAAAUGGCUGAGACAUUUUAAAGCAUUUUUUCAUUUAGGCGACGGAUUUUGACGUUAUGAAAAAGAACUUGUCCGUGAAUUGGUUUAUUUUCUAGCCUGCGAACAAGUGCCGGGGGGUGGUGGCGGAGAGAGCCAGGUGACUAUUCCUUUUUUUAGGCGGGAGCUAGCAUGUACGUGCAUUCUGGUCUAACGCCAUAAUGUGUAGACCUUUAAGGAGCGGGAGAUCAGGUCGUCAACAGCAGGUUGAGGUCUAGCCAGUAGAUACCCUUGCUGCAGAGGAGCAAAGCAAUACUACUUUCAGUAAUUUAAACAUGUUAAAUACUUGUAUUUCGCUCAUUAAAUGUGUCCAUUGUCCAUUGUCGAUUUGUGGUUUUUCAGGAAUGUUCUUUUGCGGAGCAUUGGACAAUUUUUCUUAAACCAGUUUUUUACUCGUUUCCAUUUCCCUGCUCUACCUUCAUGCUGCAUAUGGCGUACGUGUGUACCUAAAUGCCUCAAUUCAUACUGAGGUGAUCGAUAGAGAAGUCUAUACGCCAAGCGGGGUUAAGAUUAGUUAAUAAAAACCAAAGGCUCAGAAGGCUCAGUGCAAUGAAAAGAAAACUAGUGUGAAACGUUUUGCAGACUCGGCUUACUCUAUUUGUUUUCUUUCUCUGUUUGAGUUUCGGCUUGUGCAUCCUAAAAUCAAGUUUAGUUCGACCUGGUUUGGGGAAUAUAAAAUACAAAAAAAAAUUUUAAAAAACAGUGUUAAUUGUCAUUUUAUUUUUUCUUGUACACUCGUGCGAUGAUUUAUCCUUGUCUGUACAGUUGCGUGACGAGACUCAAAUCACACACGGGCUUUCAUCACGCAACACAGGGUUUAGUCCGUGGCUAAACGACGGAAAAUUUCAGUAAACUGCGGCCACUUGCAGCUGAAACGACUGGUAAGUAACUUCUUAUAGAUCUCGUAUCUCAUUUAGAGCUAGCAAGCCGUGUUCUAGCGGCUUUAUUUUAGGUGCAGAAACUCAAGGUCAAUAUUUACACUCAACACGAAAUUAGCAGCCAGAGCAGCGAUGUCUUUUUCAGCUACUUGCGGGCAAUCAAAUGCAGGGUUAAUCUACUUAGUUCUUUUUUAUUACCAUCAAAUUGAAAAGUGUUUUUCAAAAGAUUUUGAGAGCUUCCCGUAAUGUGCCCCUUGUAAAAGAAGUUAAGUUUGCAAAAACGUUUGUGUGCUUACCCCGGGGUGCUUACACUUGCGGCUAGUUUGUUGCAGCGUUCCAACGUGCGAAACUACCCUGUACGUUUCGGUGUCUCAGCGACGCACUUUUGUAAUGCCGCCAAAAAUUUUUUAACACAAGAAACUGUAAAGAAUGUACUUUAAAAUAGUGUUUGUUUCAUGUUGAAAUUCUAUGUACCAAUUGGGUUUUUUCGAUGGUGAAGUUAGGUCAAAUUUGCCAUUUUUGUAAAGAGCCGAAAUCGUGUUUCUUCUUGCGGCCGACACAGUCACAUUUAAACAGCUUAUCUGAAGAUAAUUGCUGAAUUAUAAAGUACAAGUCUGUGUUUGCUUUGUGACUUGAUUUCAUUGAGAGAUAUCAUCCCGUUUAUAUGUACGAGCGCCAAGAAAAUGCUUAAUUUUUUUGCUAAUUUCAUACUCGAAAGAGCGCCGAUUUAGCGUUAUUCAAACUUUGCCCGAUUCAGGAAAAAAUAAAAAGCCGUUACAAGUUUUAAUGUGAUUUUUGAAAUAAGUGUACUAUAGAGAUUUUUUGGGCAAAAUAUGAAGAAAUUCAAAAAUUCACGACUGUCAACCGAUUCUCGAAAAUUACAGACAUUGGCUCUUAAAACGAACAAAAGAUAUAAGUGAAUUUUGGCUCUUACCGAGGCAUUUGUACAACAGGACCAAAUUCAAAGAGAGGUGUAUCACGAUGAUUCACAUAUUUAACCGAUAGAGCGUUCACUUGUAUUGACAAGAAUUCGGGGUGUUACUGCCGCAUUAAUCGCUAAAUAUGUUAAUCGCGCUAGUUCUUUGUUUACUAGUGCACGUGCCUUUCACAUUCGUCUCAGUUAUCGCAAUUCAUAUUCUGUCGCAAUUUUCUGUAUAAUUUUUGACAUUAGUUUGUAAGCUUCACCGUUUAUUUACGAUAGUUUCGCUCGAGAGUUCACAGCAACAGUAUCUCAGUCACCAUCUACCUUUUGUUCAACCUUGUUUUUAGCCCGCCUUGUAAGCAUUUCGCGUUGUUAUUUCAUUAGUUUCAUUACUGUUAUUUGCAUUCCUUAGUAAAAGAAAUGGGACGCCUUGUAACUCCGCAGACUCUCCUGAUUAUAUUACUUUUUUUUUAGCCAUUUAAAUUCAGGCGCGUGUGCGGGGUUUGCUCUGGCAAAUGGUGAUUGGCUAGGAAGAACAAUUGCCUUCUAUCAAGUAUUUUUCCAGCAGGGGAGGGUGGCCUUGGGCAAAUGAUGUAUCGGUCCCUAGAAAGGUCACCCCAGGACUCCCGGGAUGGAAUUUUUUUGUACAGUGCCCAGGUCUCAUUUUCUUGGCCGCGCGUUGAUCUGGCCCGGCUGCUUCGGCGAGCGUAUUCUCGGUGUGUUUGGAUUAUAUUCUUCGAGUUUGUCCAAGUCUGUGGGAUUCGUUUCUCUAUCUGGGAAAGCUUCAUUGGUUUCUAUAUCUGCUGCUAUCCUAUUUCUACGAUCCUGGCAUGUUUAUUUUCCGUUGGAGUUCGAAUUUCGUGGAAAAAGUUGUGUUGAAUGAGAGCAUGUCGUCGAAAAUGGCACCUCGUGUUUCCUACCUUGUAUAUUAAUAUUGUAGAUAGAGUGAAUUUGAACAAAUUACUGCAAAUUAUCACGAAACUUCGUUGGAGCAAUAAGGACAACAACAAUUAACUGCAGAGUAAGUUUCAUUGAUCUUUAUUUAGUAUUUCCUAGAAAUUUUAGCAUGACAUUUUUACCCCAUACAAACACUGUAAUUUUACUGGAACCGUACUGUGGUACUAUCACAGAGCCUGGGUUACCUGUGGUCAGAGUAAGUGCUGUAUGUAAGAUCAAACCGAGCGCUUGUUCUUGGACUUUGCCAGAAGCUCCUUUCGACUGUAAAGUGCGAUACAAGGGCUGUUAAUAGGAGAACCGUAAGCCUUGUUUUUCUCCUAAUUCGGUACAUUUUUUCAGAAGAACUUCUUUGACGAAUCGCACGCGCUGUCAAACGUCAAUUUCGUGUUCUCUUCUUUACCAGAAACCAGAAAAGUGCUUGUAAACCUGCAUCCAUGAAUGUCGGAGAUUAAGCGCAUAUGAACAACUAAUCGAAGCAGUUUUAUUUAAUUAUCGCGGGCUCUAUCGUUACCGGUCUCGAAGAAAACAACGUGUAAACAGUCUAGUACCCGUUCCAAGGGGCUCUCAAGUACCGUGCCUUUCUCUGUCGGGCACAUUACAGAAUUUGUACGUGUAAACAGGAGAUUUCGUCUGGAACCGGUACUUGUUUCUAACCGAGCCGUUCCUUCUCUUUUAACGUGUAAACGGGCCUUAAAUAAAGCAGGUGUUUCGUGCGUUUUUCAUUGGGUGCGUUCACACUUCACAAAAUGGUGCUUUGUCCACACUCUGGGUACCCAAGUUGUCUUUCGUCCACUUUGCUCCGUCAGCAAAUGACAUUUUUGCAAAAGGAGUGUAGCAAGAAGUUAUGGGUCAACGGAAUCAUCAACGGAAAACACGUGCACACAGGGACCCGGUUCCCACUUUAGUACCCGAGUACAAGGUCUCGACCUUCUAUUUUGUUGCACGUUAGUUCAACGCAACCAAAAAUGAACUUGGUCAUUACAUGACAACCGAGCCAUCCUGCUAAACGGAUUCAGCCCGCUGCGUGUAAUCAGUACCUUUGUUUUUGUUUUGGCGUGAACCAGAGUGAAAGUGGCAGACAUGCUCGAAUCACUGUUAAAAAAGAAUGCCAUUUAGAUUUGCUAUAAUAUGGAGUCUUUUAAUAGACUGAAAGUCCAUCUUCGGAUUUUAGCAAGGCGGGGGUUGAAGGUAUAGUAGAAUUGUGAAAAUAACAGGUUACUACUGUGUUUAAUUUUUGUAGUAUUAAGGGCUGCGAUGUUACGUUCACGAGGUAGCGGUUACUUACAGAGGUAGACCGCUUAUAUCUGUUUUGUAAAAACGGUCGACACGUCCUGUUAUAUUGUUAUUUUAUUAGGUUGAAAGAAGUGGUCUUUAUUUACAAGACGAUUUUAGUCGAGUAGCGAGAUUCCCCAACGGUUUGGGUAACUUUGAAACGACAUUGUGGCUCGAUAGAACGUCGCUUGAGGUCAAGGGCACAGAUAUGGGAGCUGCAGACAACACUGCACCACUACCAUCACCGCAAGAUUUUUGCAUAGCCAGCACCAGCAGCACUAGUGUGCCACCAGGAGCCUAUAACGUACAUGAUCCGCCAUCCAACAGGAGUCAGUCUGCUCAUCGAAAUCCCUCUUUCUCAUCAGGCUCAACCAGACCUUUUAGAUCAUCGGGAGAGAUUCGCAGAAAAGUUUUCCUCGCAGAAUUUGACCUUGAUAGCAUGACUCCUGCCCCGACGGCCAGUGCCUACUUAAAACUAAAGCCUGAACAAUGCACGGUGACAGAUGUUGCUCAAAUUUCGAAAGAGUACCUCAAUAUUGAAGAGGAUUUAAUAAUGUUGGACACCAAUGGCUUUGAGAUUCUGGACAAUCCGGGGACUGGUGGUAAGUUAACUGCCCGUUACAGACACUUGCAUGGGCGUACGUAUCAAACGUGCUCCACGUUUAAUUAUCAUUAUUAUUCAUAA